AUCUCACUCUGUAGGGCUAACAGCUCUGGUUAAUAAAAGAGCUGUGCCCUGAAAAAAAAUAAGCCUUUUGUUUUGAGUAACAAAUUGUGUUUGUUAGAAGAUAUGAAUGGUCCAGAGUGAACAGUCUACAAUUCAUCAUGCAAUGAGCCAUUUCAGUAGGAGCACACUAAUCCCAAUUAUUACAGAGCUAAUGAUGCAUUUUGCAGCAGCUCAGCGGAGGGAGAGAGGUGGUUGUGGAAUGUAAAACCAGGAGGUGGGGGUGUAUAAUGUACUUACAGAUUUCUCAGGAAGCAGAGCCUCCAAAUACAUUUUGAUUGUUCUCUUGAAUAUACUAUUUUGUGCCUGAGUUCUGAAUGUAUGUUAUUUACAACUAACUAAAAUACUCACAUUGUUUAUGGAAAAAUGUUUUGGUUGUUCCCAGUCCAUUUUCAAAAUUAUCUACUUGAAAUGCAACUAUUUUCAUCAGCAGCGGAACACUUUGUCCCAAACAGAAUCAAUUCAUAUAGAAUGUCACUGCCACGGGGCUGGCUGGCAGCAGAGCCCUCAUUGUUUGUCACUAUGGAGACAGCUCAGCCCAUGCUGACUAGCUGCUCCAGCAGACGGAGGGAUGCGCAUCUCGCUGCAACUUCAGCGCUGAGCAACUUGGCUUUCAGACCCGUGCCUGCUCGGCAGCCGCGCUGGGCUGUCACUGGGGCUGGUCAUCAUGCAGGGCUCACCGCGGCGGCGCUCAGCAGAAGUUCAAGGCGGCCGACAGCAAAAUACACAAAAGUGGGGGAGCGCCUUCGCCACGUCAUCCCUGGGCACAUGCAGUGCUCGAUGGCAUGCGGGGGUCGUGCGUGCAAGUAUGAGAAUCCGGCUCGAUGGAGUGACCAGGAGCAAGCUAUUAAGGGGCUCUACUCUUCUUGGAUAACAGAUAACAUACUGGCUAUGGCUCGACCCUCAACAGAAUUAAUUGAAAAGUACAACAUCAUUGAACAGUUUGAAAGAUGUGGCAUAAAAACCAUAAUUAACCUGCAGCGUCCUGGAGAGCACGCGAGCUGUGGGAAUCCUCUGGAGCAAGAAAGUGGCUUCACCUACCUUCCUGAGGCGUUCAUGGAGGCUGGCAUUUAUUUUUAUAAUUUUGGAUGGAAGGAUUAUGGAGUGGCAUCUCUUACUACUAUACUUGAUAUGGUAAAAGUCAUGGCUUUUGCGCUGCAGGAAGGCAGAGUGGCUGUUCACUGUCAUGCGGGACUUGGACGGACAGGUGUUCUAGUAGCUUGCUACUUAGUUUUUGCAACAAGAAUGACUGCUGAUCAAGCCAUUCUUUUUGUCAGAGCAAAAAGGCCUAAUUCUAUUCAGACUAGAGGGCAGUUACUGUGCAUCAGAGAAUUCACUCAGUUUUUGAUUCCUCUCAGAAAUGUAUUUGCUUGCUGUGAGCCCAAGGCACACAGGGUGACGCUGUCCCAGUACCUGACCCGCCAGAGACACCUGCUCCAUGGUUACGAGAGCAGGCACCUCAAACACGUGCCAAAACUCAUUCAUCUAGUGUGCAAGCUGCUGCUAGACUUGGCUGAAAACAGACAAGUGGUAGAGGCAGAACUCUUAGACAUAGCAGAUCUCUCAGCUGAAAUUGAAAAGACUGUCUCCCAGCUGGUGUCGACACAGCUGGAUGGAGACCUCGCCAGGCAGGACAGUGACACGUCGGACUCCUCGCACACCCACUCGGCCACUUGUGACACGCAGGAUUCUCUAUUCUCCCUUGCACAUGAAUGUGAUCCUCUUUGCAAAAGGAGGAACGUCGAAUGCCUUCAGCCUCUGUCUCACGGGAGGAGGCGUCUAAGCUACAGUGACUCAGACUUAAGGAGAACUGAGUUCCUCUUAGAGCAAGGAGAAACGGCAUGGACGGUACCUGCUCAGAUAUUACUGUGCAACAAACUUAAGCAGAACAGUGGUGAGGAGAGUUCUGCCACAGAUGAACAAAAGCCACAGCUGGAUUUAAACAAAGAAGCAUUAGUGCGUAAUACGUGUACAAUUUGGAGUCAGACUAAGUUUAAUUUGGAUGGGCAAAAAGACGGAUCUUCACUUUAUCACAGAAGGAACUCUACCAAAGAAGUACAACGCAGCAGAACUUUUUCUUCAGGUCUAGCAUCUCUCCACUAUCCCAGGGAGUCUGGAACACCAAGGCAUAAUUUCACCAAUGAGGUUGGCCAUAGAAAAGAACGUGAGACUCGUAUGUACAGCAGACGAGUCUACGUCUCUGAGGACUCUGAUUCUUCUUCUUCUUCUAAAGUGAACUUUUCCAUUGGAUGUGAAAGCCAAGGUAGCAGAGAUCCGUCAGAGGCAAUUCCACACAUUGUUCUGCAGUCAGAAUUAAGUUUGGAAGCUCGAAGAGUUUUGGCAGCAAAAGCACUUGCAAAUAUAAAUGAAUUUCUGGAAGAGGAUGAAGUGAAGCAGAAGGUAGAAAUGUGGCAGAAAGAACUGAAUUCUCGAGAUGGAGCUUGGGAUAAAAUCUCUACCGAGAGAGAUCCUUUCAUCCUCUGUAGCUUGAUGUGGUCCUGGAUAGAGCAACUGAAAGAGCCUAUUAUAUCCAAAGAUGAUAUUGACAUGUUGGCAAAAAAUUCCAUAGAAUCACAAGAUGCACUUAACUUACUGAAAAAGGAACAGUGUCAAACUAUCCUUUGUAUUUUACACUGUGUGGUGAACUUGCAAACGCUACCAGCUGAUGUGGAGGAGGCCUUACUUGUUCGUGCUAUUAAAGCUUUCACUAAGACAAGCUUUGAUUCCGAAGAUGGACCAUACAUUUACAAUACCCUGAAAAAAGUAUUUAAGCAAACACUGGAAGAAAAAAGAAAAAAGCUGAAGGAAGGAACAGAGAAUCCCUCUUGAUUUCUGCUGAACAGUGAUGCUGAAGGAUUAGAUGGCUCUACCAAAUUAUUUUGCAUUUUCCAGCUACUGUAAUUUGUGCUAUUUUGCAUGAUUUACCUAAUGUUAGGUGGCAGCCAUUCUUAACAAAACAUUUUAUUUUUUUAGAGGGAGUUUCAUUGUGAACUGUUCUAUCUACAUGGUUCCAAGGAACAGCUCCUGUUUGACUGUACUGCAGCUUUUUGAUUUCUAGUACUGUUUUAUUUUAUGAAAUGUUCACUUGUUUUGAGCUGUAUUUAUUAUUUAGAAACCUCUGUAAUUGGCAAGCUAUGCUUUGUACAAGUUACACAGUUGCCAUAAGUUCAGUGCCAUGGUACAAAAGGUUUGAAUGGACUGAGUUAAUGUUUAUGUACUCAGUAUGUUUACAUUAAUGUUACUUGAUUUUUCUUUGAGGACAAUAAAUACUGACUGAAAUAA